CAGAAGGAGGGCGCACCGCGCAGACAUGGCGGCCAACAUGUACCGAGUGGGAGAUUAUGUUUAUUUUGAAAACUCUUCAAGCAAUCCAUAUCUGAUCAGGCGAAUUGAAGAACUUAAUAAGACAGCCAAUGGCAAUGUGGAAGCAAAAGUAGUUUGUUUUUACAGACGCCGAGACAUUUCCAACAGCCUCAUUAUGCUUGCAGACAAGCAUGCAAAAGAAGUCGAAGAAGAAUAUGAAAUUCCUAAAGAGGUAGAUUUAACUGAUAAACAGAAACAUCAGUUGAAACACAGGGAGCUGUUUCUGUCUCGCCAGUAUGAGUCUCUUCCUGCAACACACAUCAGGGGAAAAUGCAGUGUUGCGCUUCUGAAUGAAACGGAAUCUGUGUUGUCGUAUCUUGCUAAAGAGGAUACUUUCUUCUAUUCACUGGUAUAUGAUCCUUCACUGAAAACGCUCCUAGCUGACAAAGGAGAAAUCCGAGUAGGACCCAGGUAUCAAGCAGAUGUACCAGAUAUGCUUACAGAAGGACAAACAGAUGACCGGGAACAGGCAAAGCUUGAAGUAAAAGUAUGGGACCCUGAUACCCAUCUCACUGAUCAUCAGAUUGACCAGUUUUUAGUAGUAGCACGUGCGGUUGGUACAUUUGCUCGAGCUCUGGACUGCAGUAGUUCUGUCAGGCAACCUAGUUUACACAUGAGUGCGGCUGCUGCUUCCCGUGACAUCACGCUGUUUCAUGCGAUGGAUACAUUGCACAGGCACAACUAUGAUCUGAGCAGUGCCAUUAGUGUCCUGGUUCCACUGGGAGGGCCUGUUCUGUGUAGAGAUGAAAUGGAAGAAUGGUCCGCUUCAGAGGCUAGCUUGUUCGAAGAAGCCCUGGAAAAAUAUGGCAAAGACUUCAAUGACAUACGGCAAGACUUUCUUCCUUGGAAGUCUCUGACUAGCAUCAUUGAGUAUUAUUACAUGUGGAAAACUACAGACAGAUAUAUACAGCAGAAACGUCUAAAAGCUGCUGAAGCAGAGAGCAAAUUGAAGCAAGUUUACAUACCAACUUACAACAAGCCCAAUCCUAGCCAAAUUUCCAGCAGUAAUGGGAAGCCAAGUGCCAUGAAUGGAGCAGUUGGAGCACCUCAUCAGGCUCAGAACUCGUUAAUAGGACGUGCUUGUGAAAGCUGCUAUGCGACACAGUCUCAACAGUGGUAUUCUUGGGGUCCCCCCAACAUGCAGUGUAGGCUAUGUGCAACUUGUUGGAUUUAUUGGAAGAAAUAUGGGGGCCUGAAAAUGCCAACACUGACAAAUGAAGACAAAUUUUCUUCUACUCAGACAGCAGAGGAUCCAUGCGUUAGAACGCACAUGUCACGACAGGCGACACAGGGAAUACCAGUGCGGAACACAGGCAGCCCCAAAUCUGCUGUGAAGACACGUCAGUCUUUCUUCCUUCAUACCACAUACUUGACUAAACUUGCCCGCCAGGUCUGCAGAAACACCCUUCAAUUGAAACGGGCAGCAAGAAGACCUUUUGUCCUUAUUAACUGUGCUGCCAUUAGGGCAGAAUAUGCUGACAGACACUGUGAAUUUGUUGGAAAUCCUUUGAAGAUUAAAAGUACUAGGAAAUCAUUAUCAUGUAUAAUUGGGUACUUAGAGAUUCAUCCUGCCAUGAAGCCUAAUAUAAUCAAGUCAACGCCAAGCCUUCAGAGUUCAAUGUCAAAGCGAAUGCUUGCGGCCCCAAGCCAUUCGGCGUUAAGUAUUUUGGGGAAAAGAAACUACAGCCACCAUCAUAAUGGCCUGGAUGGACUAUCCAGUCAUACACAUGGAACAAAAAUGCAAGCUGCACAUGAUUUCUAUACAUCCAAUGGCAAAACCUUGCAAGUUGGGACAAGUGACCUUAUGCCAAGUGUUACACCGUUGCUCAAGAGGCAGAGACAAAACUGGCUGAAUGCUCCUGACGAUGGUUUCUUUAUUGCUACAGAAGAGACCAGUGCGGAAGCAGUUAGAAACCUUCUCACGAAAACGUCGUAAGCAAUUUAGCCGAUCACAGCUGAAAAGAGCUUGUAGGACUCCAUGCACUUUAAUUCUGAGGAAGACAAAAUCCCAUAUGACUCACAAAGAGACUUAUGACAAUGCGAGCCAUCACUCUCAGUUGAAGAU